UAUUCGGAGUUUAGUCGAUCGGUUUCUUUGUAAAUGUUCGUCUGCUAUUUUCUAGAUAAGAAUCAUCACGAACUUGUAUCCUGCCCUGUUUGCGCAUGCGUCACCUGUUGACCCCUGCCCCUUUGAGAAGGCGAUACGGUGUGCAUGAGAUCGUGACAGUGGUAAUACAAGUAGAAUUAUUAGAUUCAUUGUGCAUGUUGGCUUGUCACUGCAUUUCAGAAAUGGAGUGCAGUUUUCAGUAUACAGACACAUGCGAGCUACACAUUCCAUUUCCUGAGAGAACUGAAAAAGAUUUUGUAAUCUACUUUAGUCCUGAUGUCGGAGAACAACGAAGCGUUGUCAGAUGUGAAUGGUCAGAUACAUACAUCUGCGACAGUGAGCCUGGGUUCUCCAUUGAUUUUCAAGAUGUUCAAAAAGCUGUAAUUACACUUCCUUCAAGCUUAGAAACGGAAUCUGGAAAAUUCAAAUGGCAUGUCUUAGGAAGCGAUUUUAGUAACUCAGGAGGUUGCUUCUGGGAUUCCAAAGAAACGUGCAUUCCUGGUGACAAGUAUGAAGAAGUUUCAAGUACAGGACUGAUGAGAUUUAGAACAUCAUUAAAACCUGAAUAUUCUGAAUACGGAGAUAACAAUCCUGCAACAAUUAUUGGCGCUGCUGUUGGAGCUGCUGUACUCAUCUGUCUGAUCCUGCUGAUUGGCAUUUUCCUUUGGAGGAAAAGCAAGUUUAAAUACAGUCGUGGCCGUCCUGAUCAACCUAAAAUUGACAAGAGCGUUUUAAACACCCACGGCCAAGAUGAUGGCAAGAUAUCGUUUCUUGAUAACGAAAAGAAGGGAAGCUAUGUAGAUCAAUUGCAGCACUCCGGUCAAUUGGCCAUCCAGAUCAGCUUGGAUGAACCAAGCUGUACAGUCACUGAACACCGGGACCACAAAUCUUCUGAUAUAAAAGAUGGGAAAGUAUCGUCUUGUCUAUUAUCGCAGAAUCCUUCUAUGUCCUCGUUUAUGAGUUUCACGAGUGCAAAAUCAGAUACUCCACUCAUAAAACACCCCCUUCCUACAGAAGUCUAAUCCAGUCUUCCUGAGAUCUCAGAGCUUCUAACCUUUCAUUCCUAAGAAACAAGAAAACUUCUAAAACAAAUGGCGGAAGACAUCUCGUAUGAUAUUUGUAAUGUUUGAUUCUGUCAAAUUGCAGUCUUCAGUUUUAGUAAGUAUGUUGAGAAUCAGCCUGAGUUAAGAAGUGUUUGUGUCUUAUGGAGAUAUGUCCACCUGUUACACUAUUUGCCACGUUCCUAAAUUGACUUAUGUGUUUGCACAAAUUUUCUUCUCAUUGUGGGUCAUUUUAUUUCUACUGCCUCAUCUUAGACGUUAUUAUUAAUUGCACCCAAAAGCAUUGAUGAUGAGCUUCGUGCGCUGUAAAAGUCAGUUCUGAUAUAUCUAACAUUGUACAUCUCCAGAAAGCUUGGCUUGCAAUGACGGUUAGCAUAAUCUCUAACAAGAUUUGUGUUGAUGGAACGAGAUUUCUGUCUGAGAAAUUUAGGCCCCUGCAUACAAGAUUAUGAAUAGAUCUUCAAUAAAAGCGUCAGAGCAACUUACAGAUACUUUUUAAAUCAGAACUGUAUUAACGCAUUGAAGAUUCCAUGAAGUUGUGAGGCUGCAGACAGCAUCUAUGUGAUGGCAUCCACUUUCUUCAAACAUGAAUAGCUGCACUGACAGAGAAUGUAAUAGCCCAUUGCCAUCUUAUUUUAUUACAAUUCGCUCUAAAAAUACAUGGAUACCCAAAUGAACAUUUCUCACUCUCAAAAACUAUUGUAGUCUGGUGAUGUUAUCAAAAUGUGCUGAUCACCAGUAUAAGCAGUAAGUCUCUGGUCCUACCUCGUAUGGUCGUUACCACUGUUUUGAUCAAAUUAAUUAAUGACUAUUUCUAGCAAUUAUAACAGAAGGCAUUUUAGCAAUAUUUUAGGUCAUAUUACUGGAUGAUGACUGAAAUUCCCGAAAAACUUAAAAUGGCAGCUACACCUCCUAUAGAAUGCAAGGCUUGAGAGCAAAUUUUAGAAUUGAAAAUGGCUAUCAUUCGAUGGCAAAAAGGCUAACAGUCUUUCUUACCUGGUUAUAGAUUGUCAACAUCGUAGGUUAUCGUUUUAUACAUCGUUAAAAAGUAGCCAAAGAAAGUACAUAAAAACGAGAAGAGAUCGUAGGAUAAGCUAGCAUAAUCUUAAAAUUUCAACCGAAAAUAUUAGAUUGUUAUUCAUUGCUUGUGCUAAGUCAUUUCUUACAAUAGGCAUCUUCCACUACCGGCUUCUGUCUCCUGUUUUUCCUUUUACCAUUUUGAAACUUCUUGUUUUUGAGACCAGCAUCCAUUAUUCAUAUGUUUGUACGUUUUUCAUUUUAGUAAAUUGCUUUGGUCCUGGUUUUUAUGAUGCAAAAAGCACUAUGCAAAUCAUUUUAAUUAUUCUUGUUGUUAAUUACAGUUAAGCGCUUUGACCAUGUUUAUGGUGGGGAAGGCGCUAUGCAAAUCAACUUAAUUGUUAUUGUUGUUAAUAACAGUUAAUCACUUUGACCAUGUUUAUGGUGGGGAAUGCACUAUGCAAAUCCUUUCAAUCAUUUUUUUAGUUAAUGUUGAUGAAGUGCUUUGACCAUGUCUAUGGUGGGGAAUGCACUAUGCAAAUCAUUUUAAUCACUGAUGUUAAUGACAAUGAAGUGCUUUGACCAUGUUUAUGGUUGGGAAUGCACUACGCAAAUCCUUUCAAUCAUUUUUAAUGACAAAAAAGCGCUUUUACCAUGUUUAUGGUGGGGAAUACGCUAUGCAAAUCCUUUCAAUCAUUUUUUUUAAAUUAAUGACAAUGAAGUGCUUUGACCAUGUUUAUGGUGGAGAAUGCGCUAUGCAAAUCAACUUAAUUGUUAUUGUUGUUAAUAACAGUUAAUCACUUUGACCAUGUUUAUGGUGUGGAAUGCACUAUGCAAAUCCUUUCAAUCAUUUUUUUAGUUAAUGACAAUGAAGCGCUUCGACCAUGUUUAUGGUGUGGAAUGCACUAUGCAAAUCCUUUCAAUCAUUUGUUUAGUUAAUGACAAAAAAGCGCUUUGACCAUGUUUAUGGUGAGGAAUGCACUAUGCAAAUCAUUUUAAUCACUGAUGUUAAUGACAAUGAAGUGCUUUGACCAUGUCUAUGGUGGGGAAUGCACUAUGCAAAUCCUUUCAAUCAUUUUUAAUGACAAAAAAGUGCUUCGACCAUGUUUAUGGUGGGGAAUGCGCUAUGCAAAUCCUCUCAAUCAUUUUUUUUUUAAUUAAUGACAAUGAAGUGCUUUGACCAUGUUUAUUGUGGGGAAUGCACUACGCAAAUCAUUUUAAUCACUGAUGUUAAUGACAAAAAAGCGCUUUGACCAUGUUUAUGGUGGGGAAUGCGCUAUGCAAAUCAACUUAAUUGUUAUUGUUGUUAAUAACAGUUAAUUGCUUUGACCAUGUUUAUGGUGGAGAAUGCGCUAUGCAAAUCAACUUAAUUGUUAUUGUUGUUAAUAACAGUUAAUUGCUUUGACCAUGUUUAUGGUGGGGAAUGCGCUAUGUAAAUCCUUUCAAUCAUUUUUUUUAAUUAAUGACAAUGAAGUGCUUUGACCAUGUUUAUGGUGGGAAAUGCACUACGCAAAUCAUUUUAAUCACUGAUGUUAAUGACAAAAAAGCGCUUUGACCAUGUUUAUGGUGGGGAAUGCGCUAUGCAAAUCCUUUCAAUCAUUUUUUUUAAAUUAAUGACAAUGAAGUGCUUUGACCAUGUCUAUGGUGGGGAAUGCACUAUGCAAAUCAUUUUAAUCACUGAUGUUAAUGACAAAAAAAGCGCUUUGACCAUGUCUGUGGUGGGGAAUGCACUAUGCAAAUCAUUUUAAUAACUGAUGUUAAUGGCAAUGAAGUGCUUUGACCAUGUUUAUGGUUGGGAAUGCACUAUGCAAAUCAACUUAAUUGUUAUUGUUGUUAAUAACAGUUAAUUGCUUUGACCAUGUUUAUGGUGGAGAAUGCGCUAUGCAAAUCAACUUAAUUGUUAUUGUUGUUAAUAACAGUUAAUUGCUUUGACCAUGUUUAUGGUGGAGAAUGCGCUAUGCAAAUCAACUUAAUUGUUAUUGUUGUUAAUAACAGUUAAUUGCUUUGACCAUGUUUAUGGUGGGGAAUGCGCUAUGCAAAUCCUUUCAAUCAUUUUUAAUGACAAUGAAGCGCUUCGACCAUGUUUAUGGUGGGGAAUGCACUAUGCAAAUCAUUUUAAUCACUGAUGUUAAUGACAAUGAAGUGCUUUGACCAUGUCUAUGGUGGAGAAUGCGCUAUGCAAAUCAACUUAAUUGUUAUUGUUGUUAAUAAGACCAUGUGUAUCGAGUAAAAUGCGCUACGAAUAUCAACACUUAUUUAUAUUGUUAAUGACAUGUAAGCGCUUUGAUCCAGCUUUUUACUGUGGUAAAAUUGUUUUACAAAUUAUUAUUAUCGUUAUUAUUAUUAAUGUGAGAAAUGAAAUGAAUAAAGGUUGAAACUACUA